CGACUAUCCAACUUCUUCUGGGGUCGCUUUUUCUCUCGUAUCCAUCGGUAUGUCGAGUCAUUCUCUUCCCAAAGAAGACGAGCCUUUGCUGUUGAGUCAAAAUAAAGGACUGGAACCAUCAAAAGACUCGUACAACGGUUGUAGACAGGAUGCCAAUAUAGAGCAGGCAGUGACUUCUUCGCCCGACAUUCCUGACCAUGUCGAUCCGGACGAUCAUGUCGAACGAUUAGGAAACACUUCACUAACGAUUCUCACCAUUUGUCUGUGCACCGGAGCGUUCUUAUCCGCAAUGGAUACAUCGAUCGUCAAUACAAUUUUCAAUGUGAUUGGUACUGAAUUUCACAGUGCUAAUUUAACCGUAUGGAUCGUCGUCUCUUAUAUGUUAUGCACAUCAUCCGUUCAACCAUUGUACGGCAAAUUAUCAGAUAUCUUUGGACGAAAGACCAUCCUGACCAUGAUUAUGUGCUUCUUCAUGAUCGGAUCCUGGCUUUGUGGGGCUUCUCAGAAUAUUGUUCAGAUGGCUUUAGCCCGCGCGCUGGCUGGCAUGGGCGGGGGCGGCUUGAUGAUCAUGUCGUCGGUGGUUAUUCAUGACCUCGUCCCUAUACGACAACGCGGACAGUACCAAUCGUAUGUGAAUAUGGCCCAAACGACCGGCGCCACCAUUGGAGCCCCACUGGGUGGAAUUAUCAAUGAUUUUCUUGGGUGGCGUUACUGCUUCUAUUUGAACGUGCCUCCCUGCUUGUUCCUUCUCUACAUCUACGCCUAUCGUCUAAACAAUUACAAUAUUCCCAAACACAGCAAACCACUGGACGGCCUUCGAGACAAGCUGAAAAGAAUCGAUUUCGGUGGUUCCGCUCUGUGGCUCACGGUUAAUUUAUCGUUUGUCGCUGCUACGGCGAUGGGUGGAAACACACGCGAAUGGAAUGACCCUUUGGUUGUUGGAUUGCUCUGUGUUUCAGGAUCUGCCUUUGUUGCUUUUGGUGCUUAUGAAUUGGUCUGUGCCAAGUUCCCUCUUAUUUCGCCCAGAUUGAUCAAGAACCGCAAUGUGGCCGCAGUCUGUCUCAACAACUUUUUCCUCAAUUGCUCCACCAUGGCACUCACCUACCUUAUGCCUCAAUUUUUCAUGGGCGUAUUGGGCUAUAACCCAUCGGCGGCCGGUUUAUGGGUACUGCCACGCACGGGAUUGACAGCUCUGGGCUGCUGGGCAGCGGGUCGAUACCUUCGUGCGGUUGGUCGUUAUCGUACGUUUAUCCGCAGCACCAUGGUAUUCCAUGUGCUUGCUGUAUUUGCCAUCUCGCAGUGGACGUAUGAUACUCCAAUGUGGUUGAGAAUCAUUCCCAUGAACCUCGAAGGCUACUGCUUUGGCACAGUCCUUGUUGCUACCAUGGUCGCCCUGGUAGCUGACAUUGAUUCAAAAGACUCGGCAUCGGCCACUUCCAUGAUAUAUUUAUGUCGCUCGACUGGCUGGCUCAUGGGAAGCACCGUGGCUUCGACCAUCUUGCAAGCCAACCUCAAGACAUAUUUGCUAAAUACCAUUACUGGCGAGGAUGCUGAAAAGAUUAUUUCAUUUGUUCGUACAUCCAUCUCCGAAAUCCAGUCUUUGGCGCCGGACAUCUACCAGCUUGUCGUGGCCGGUCUUUAUUCUUCCAUCCACAAAGCUCUUCGAUUUGCAUUAUUAUGCUCUGUGUGCUGUUUCACUACCACGUUGUUCCUCAAAAAUUGUCAACUCAAAGCAAAGAAAUAAGGCAAGCAAAAAUAAAGUUCAUUUCAAAUGAUCUUGCCACUUGCGAGAUUUUCCA